GCGCUGCUGGCUGGCGGGGCCGGCGCGGGGCCCGUUGCGGCGGCGGGAAGCGGGCGGCGCCGCGCGCGCCAUGGCGAAGCGGCUGAGGAGCAGCGAGGUGUGCGCGGACUGCAGCGCCCCGGAUCCCUGCUGGGCAUCGAUAAACAGGGGGAUUCUGAUCUGUGACGAGUGCUGCAGUGUUCAUCGAAGUCUGGGGCGUCACAUCUCUCAAGUGAGGCAUCUCAAGCACACCCCAUGGCCUCCAACACUGCUGCAGAUGGUGGAAACGCUGUAUAAUAACGGUGCAAACUCCAUAUGGGAACAUUCCUUGCUGGACCCUGCCUCUGUUAUGAGCGGGAGGCGCAAAGCAAGCCCACAGGAUAAAGUGCAUCCCAAUAAAGCAGAAUUCAUUAGAGCUAAGUAUCAAAUGUUGGCGUUCGUUCAUCGCUUGCCGUGCCGUGAGGAUGACAGCGUCACUGCCAAAGACCUCAGUAAGCAACUCCAUUCCAGUGUGAGGACAGGGAACCUGGAGACGUGUCUGCGACUGCUCUCCUUGGGAGCUCAAGCCAACUUCUUUCACCCUGAGAAAGGCAACACCCCGCUCCACGUGGCUGCCAAGGCAGGGCAGACUCUACAGGCAGAGUUAUUAGCGGUUUAUGGCGCUGAUCCUGGCACGCAAGAUUCCAAUGGGAAAACUCCGGUUGACUAUGCAAGGCAAGGGGGGCAUCACGAGCUGGCAGAGCGCCUGGUGGAGAUCCAGUAUGAGCUCACAGACAGGUUGGCUUUCUACCUCUGUGGCAGGAAACCAGAGCAUAAAAACGGACAGCACUUUGUGAUACCUCAGAUGGCAGACAGGCGGCUUCUAGAUUUAUCAGAACUCGCAAAAGCAGCCAAGAAGAAGCUUCAGUCUCUAAGCAACCACUUAUUUGAAGAACUUGCCAUGGAUGUCUACGAUGAAGUUGACAGGAGGGAGACAGACGCAGUGUGGCUUGCUACUCAGAACCACAGUACGCUUGUGACAGAGACCACAGUGGUCCCUUUUCUUCCUGUAAAUCCUGAAUAUUCCUCAACCAGGAAUCAGGGAAGGCAGAAACUGGCUCGAUUUAAUGCCCAUGAAUUUGCUACGUUAGUUAUAGAUAUUUUAAGUGAUGCCAAACGGAGGCAACAGGGGAAUCCUCUCUCUGGUUCAAAAGAAAAUGUGGAACUGAUUCUCAAAUCCAUCAGCAACCAGCAUAGUAGUGAGAGUCAGGACAAUGACCAGCCUGAUUAUGACAGCGUUGCUUCCGAUGAGGAUACGGAUCUGGAAACAAAUGCAGCUAAAUCAAACAGGCAGAAGAGCCUGGAUUCAGACUUGUCGGAUGGACCAGUGACAGCCCAAGAAUACAUGCAAGUUAAAAAUGCAUUGGUGGCUUCUGAGGUGAAGAUUCAGCAGUUAAUGAAAGUGAACAUCAACCUGAGUGAUGAGCUGAGGAUCAUGCAGAAAAAGCUUCAAACGCUACAGAGUGAAAAUACCAACCUCAGAAGACAGGCCACAACCAAUAUAUAUCAGGUCCAAAGUGGUUCUGAGUACACAGACCCCACCAACAAUUCUUCUUUAAAGCGGCGACCAUCUGCACGCGGUAGCAGACCCAUGUCCAUGUAUGAGACUGGAUCGGGUCAGAAACCCUACCUCCCCAUGGGAGAGGUCCCAUACCCAGAAGAAAGCAUAACACGGCUGCAGCCUUUCCCUCCACAUGCCUCCAAGCUGGAGAAGCAGAGCAGCGUGUCCGAGGGCGACUACGACAACCCCACCACCCCCCUGGAGCUGGAGGAGCCGGGGUCGGGCAGGAAGGGCCGGCAGAGGAGCAUCAUCUGGCAGGGGGAGGGAUCCAUCCCUGAAGACACGGACACAGCUCCCAGCUCCAGUUUGCCCAGUACAGAAGAUGUGAUUCGGAAAACUGAGCAGAUCACUAAGAACAUCCAGGAGCUGCUGCGGGCGGCGCAGGAGAACAAGCACGACAGCUAUAUACCGUGCUCCGAGAGGAUACAUGUGGCAGUAACAGAAAUGGCAGCCUUGUUCCCAAAAAAACCCAAGUCGGAGCUGGUCAGGACUUCUUUGCGCCUGCUGACAUCUAGUGCCUACAGACUCCAAUCCGAGUGCAAAAAGACGCUCCCCGUGGAGACGUGCCCCGGCACCGACAUCCAGCUGGUCACGCAGCAGGUCAUCCAGUGCGCCUACGACAUCGCCAAGGCAGCCAAGCAGCUGGUCACCAUCACAACCAAAGAGAACAACAACUGAGUCACCCUUGGCUUUAUAGUCCUAUUUUAUAAAGGUUGGAUUGCAAACAUAGGUGUGGAACUGUUCCCGUUUUUAUGAGGAAGAACUAAAAGGGGCAAGAAACUUAUUUUAAGAAACCCUCAGUAUUAUUUUUGCAUGUUUUCUAACAAUUUUAUGAUUAAUUUAACCCACUGCCUUAUUUUGUGCCUGUGUUGCCAGUUUAGUUACAGGUAAUAGCAUGUUGCAACUAGCUGUCGAGCCAAUACCGCGUACCAGCAUCGUCUCAAGCUCUCGCUAGAUGUUUCCUUGGGGGCCACGUUCUGCUUUCAGAUAGCACUUUGCAAAACUCCCACUGGAGUCACCACGUGCACCAGCGGGCCGCAUCCUGCCCCUGGGGCUCUCUGUCCUGGAGCUGUACAUGUCCUGAUGGUGCUGACUGAGAACCCUGCAGCAAAAGAGGCUCCGAAGGCUCCAGGACUGUAACUGGCUGCCGUCCCGAUGGAGGAGUAUGAGCCGAGUAGUAUCUGUUCCCAUAUCAACUGUUGUGCAAUAAUACGUUCUUAGUCUGCUAAAACAAGGAGUAGUUGUGGGCAUCCAAGCUUAUGACAUGUAACUAUACAAGGUCUUUGUCACUUUAUCUGUUUUUUGGAAGGAAUUUGAAACUUAGUAGUUCUUUCUUUUAGUUGUCACUAUGCCAUUAAUAUAUAUGUUUGAUGUUACUUUAGGGCAUUAGUGGUUAAAAUAUUAUCCUUUGUUUCUGAUUUAAUAAUUGAUUCUUCAGUUUCCUACAGAAUUUUACUGUCAGCUUCAAGCACCCUCUGGUUGGCAGCAGCAUCUCUCAGUGACUCCAGAUGCAAUUUCACUAAAGAUCUCUGUACUCAUUGAGAAAGAAAGGAAGUUAGAAGAGUGCCAGUGCAAAGCAGCUGUAUCUGCCAUAGCACAGAACCUCCGUACCUCAAUAGCCAAAUGUGAAAAGAGCUCUUCUAUCCAGUAAGUUUUAUGCAAAUCUUUCAACAUUUUGGGAGCUAGAUACGGAGUGCCCCGGGUGGGCUGCGUGUCAGAGAGGCAGCGGGGUCACAAAUGUCACUGUGUGUUUUGGGGCUUUUCAUUCAUAACAGUUCACAAAGCUUCCAAAAAUGUGUCAGUCCAGAAUUUCAACAAUUAAGAGGUUUUUUUGGGAGUCUAAAUUCCAUGGACAGGGGAAAUAUCACUAAUUUUCCUCUGCUGGUUCCCAUUUGUCUCUAAAUUGGAGAGACAUCAAUUUGAUAGAUGGACCACUUGGUGGAUAAAGAACUGGCUCGAUGGCCGCAUGCAAAGAGUUGUGGUAAAUGGCUCGAUGUCCAGUUGGAAACCUGUAACGAGUGGUGUCCCUCAGGGAUCGGUGUUGGGACCGGUCCUGUUCAACAUCUUUGUCGGCGACAUGGACAGUGGGAAUGAUGCGCCCUCAGCAAGUUUGCCGACGACACCAAGCUGUGUGGUUCCGUUGAUACGCUGGAGGGAAGGGAUGCCAUCCAGAGGGACCUUGACACGCUUGUGAGGUGGGCCGAUGCCAACCUUAUGAAGUUUAACCAAGCCAAGUGCAAGGUCCUACACCUGGGUCGGGGCAAUCCCAGGCACUGCUACAGGCUGGGCAGAGAAGAGAUUCAGAGCAGCCCUGCAGAAAAGGACUUGGGGGUGUUGGUUGACGAGAAGCUUAACAUGAGCCGGCAGUGUGCGCUUGCAGCCCAGAAAGCCAACCGUAUCCUGGGCUGCAUCAAAAGAAGCGUGGCCAGCAGGUCAAAGGAGGUGAUCCUGCCCCUCUACUCUGCUCUUGUGAGACCUCACUUGGAGUACUGUGUACAGUUCUGGUUCCUCAACAUAAAAAGGACAUGGAGCUGUUGGAGCGAGUCCAGAGGAGGGCCACGAGGAUGAUAAGGGGGCUGGAGCACCUCCUGUAUGAAGACAGGCUGAGAAAGUUGGGGCUGUUCAGCCUGGAGAAGAGAAGGCUGCGUGGAGACCUCAUAGCAGCCUUCCAGUAUCUGAAGGGGGUCUACAAGGAUGCUGGGGAGGGACUCUUCCUUAGGGACUGUAGUGGUAGGAGAAGGGGUAAUGGGUUCAAACUUAAACAGGGGAAGUUUAGAUUAGAUAUAAGGAAGAAGUUCUUUACAGUGAGGGUGGUGAAGCACUGGAAUGGGUUGCCCAGGGAGGUUGUGGAUGCUCCAUCCCUGGCGGUGUUCAAAGCCAGGUUGGACAGAGCCUUGGACCAUGUGGUUUAGGGCAAGGUGUCCCUGCCCAUGGCAGGGGGGUUGGAACUAGAUGAUCUUAAGGUCCUUUCCAACCCUUACGGUUCUAUGAUUCUAUGAUUCUAUUUGGAACUGUCCCAGUUGUCACUGCCAAGGAGCUGAGGUGGCAGCGGGGUUGGGGAGCUGUGAACGUUCAGAGCUUUCACAGACCCCUUUGGGUCGGAAACGCUGUUCCACAGCCCGGCUGCAGCGCAGGAUCUGCCCAAACCACGCACCCCUGCAGGCCUUCCAGUGAGAAACUGCCACAAACUCAACUUCAGAGGUUGGUUCCUUCUCAAGUCGAGUGUGUUUGUAUUUUCUCUGAACACUCAGUGCCAUAACACUGUUGGACAGCAGAUACUUGUAAAACCUACUUCAGAGUUAUGUUACUGGCAAUUAAAUACAGGGAUAACCUUGUAGGAGCUUUUCAUUAACCUGGCACCGUUGCCAGGCAGGAGGUGGUUCUUGAAGCCUCUCAGGCCACUGCUGUGUGCUUCUCUUAAGCAUAUCCUGCCUCAUUUCCAGGCCAGGGAAACACUGAGUUAUGUUGUCAUCUAUCAGCUGUUUAAACUUGCCUCUGGACCGAACCACACGGACACUCUGAGAGCUGCAAGCCCUUGUUCUUGCUACGCCAGCUCCAGAUUUUAUAAACCCAACCAUUUAGCUCUACCUUUAGCUAUAAAAUCAUGGUCAACCCAUAACUGAUGUCCUGUUCUGUCACCUAAACCCCAUUUCUGGCCACUUCCCUGCCUCCCAACAAACCUUUGUUGCAGGUUGGUGGUGGUCACACAGCACUGUGCCUCGGAUUUACAACACCCCAAAUAACAAAGGUGGUUGCAUCUUUUAUGACUAGAUCUCCCCUUUUUCCCCUCUAAACAAACUUUGCUCUUUCUUUACAAAAUGCUGCAUAGGAAAGUAAAAAAUUUAUUUGCCUUUUUUCCAAAACUUGUAUUUAUCAGUGUCAUUCUGUCUGUACAAUAUUUUGACUUACUCUUUUGUUUACAGUAUUACUAUAAAACGUUAAAACCCUU